AGCAUAACUGAGCAGCACAGUGUGCAUUGGCUGGCAGCCAAUCAGCGCCGGUGAAAUGCAAAGAGACGACGAGAGUCGCGCACGCCUCGGAAGCUCGAGAGCGAAAGAGCGGCGCCUCAGAAAAACGAAGAGCUUCACCACAUCUCUUUUCUUGUCUUCUCUCUGCACAUCUCAUCUGCAGGUUUAUCUCUCUGUUUACAGACACAUUUUAAUUCAGCUACAAUGUCAGGUUUUUUGCGGUCGUUUGGCCUGGCCAACAUGGUCACGUCCAAGUCGCAGGGUCUUGCGAAGCUCGUCGUUCCCCUUGCUGGAUUCCUUGAAGAGAUCAACGGAUACCGGAAGCUUGGAUUGAGAUACGACGAUCUGAUCGCCGAGGAAUCCCCCGUUGUCCAGAAGGCCAUCAACAGACUGCCGCCCAAGGAGUACUACGACCGAGUUUUCCGAAUCCGACGUGCUCACCAGCUCUCGCUCAUGCACCAGCUCUUGCCCAAGGAGGAGUACCUCAAGCCCGAGGACGACAUCAGAUACCUCACUCCCUACAUCCUCGAGGCCGAGGCUGAGGCGAAGGAGCGCGAGUACUUCGACAGCGCGACCGUCGUCAUCAAGAAAUAAAUUUCCGGACCCCGAGCUGCAUGUUCGAGACUUCAAUCACGGCUCUAUGUCUCUUCUUUCUCCAAAGGACGAGUCUGGGAUGAACAAACGAACGAACCAAAUUGACAAAUAGAAGCAUUAAAAAAUCAAAUAUUGGGAUAUUGGCGUAUGGCAGUAUGAACUGCGCAUGUUUUUAGUUUACAAUUUAUUUGAUGUGUUACAUCUCAUAAUAGCAAGAAGAUGAAUUCUCCAACAAUAUACAUGCAAACUUUUUCAU